AUCAGGCGAACGUUUUACAACUGGCUACGUCUCGCUCCUAAUCAUAAUAAGUGAGGUCAGGUCAGGUCAGGUCAAGGGUUUUACGUGCACAUUCAGAACAAGCUGUUGUAGCGCACGCCUGUUGUGGGCACAAGAGCCGGCCUUGGUUGAGGAAAUUUGGUGCAAUUUUGAACGGAUGAAUACUUACUCCGUGUUGAUUUUUGCACUAUAUAUUCUGGUCACGCAAUGGCAAAAGAUAAAUUCUGAAGACCGUGGAAAAAAGAAUUCAAGUGUAAAGAUAGACAGGAGAUUUAAUCAAAGUGCAGACGAGAUUUUUGACAGAAACAACUCACUAACGAGAUUUAAAAAAGAUGCCAUCAUGCACAGAUCUAAUAAAGCUGCGAGGUCACUGACUGAACCUUUGGAAUAUAAUAAAAGUAAUAUGCAGAUUUCAUCAAAACACCGGUUACAAAAACGAUUCAGCAAUCCCUAUUUAUCUCUGGGUCAGAUUCUCAAUGCGAUUCAAGAUUUCCAUAAUAAACGUAAACAUUUGACAUUACAAAAUACUAUAACGGAGGAGGAACUGGUUCUAGAACCGCCCCCAGGGCCAGCUUUAGUACCAGAUGAAGAAUCUGAAAUUGAGUCGGAACCAGUUCGAGAAUCUGCUCCUCAACCAACCGAAGAAACAAUUCCAGAAUCCAACGAAGAACCAGCUUCACAAACUAUUCCAGAAGAUGAACCAGUUCAAGAAGAAGAAGAAGAUGAUGAAGAAGAAGAUGAAGACGAAGACGAAGAAGAAGAAUACGAAGAAGAAGAAGACGAAGAAGAUCCAACUCAGGGAGAAGAGGAAGAAGCGCUUCAAGAAGAAGAAGACAAAAAGAAGUAG